AUGGAGACUGUUGUUAGACAGUGUUAUCAAGAUGUAUCUAGAAAUAGUUACAUCAAAAGUUCUAAAUCUGGAAGACUUUUAAAGGGAAAUAAAAUUCAAUCUAUUAAAAAAGUUCGCCGAAAAACAUUUUCUGGUAUUGCAAAGAAUAGAAUUCUUAUUUCUAAUAAUAAUAUCAGUAAAGAUUUAAUAAGUAAAUAUUGUUAUGUUCAGAAUCCUGUAGAUAAAACACUCCUAAAAAUGGAUGUUGGAUCAUCUUGUGAUGGAAGUAUUGCUUUUAAUAGUGACAAUAAUAAAAAUAUUUAUAUAGAAACCAGUGAUAUUUAUAAUGAUAACUUGCCUUCAUAUAUAACAAAUACUUCCACUGAUGACAAAUGGAAUCCAUAUAAUGAUGUUUAUCAAUUGAUUGAUUCUAGUAAUGGUCUUCAAGAUGAUAAAUUUCUUUUAGAACAGACUACACAAAAGUAUGUUGAUGACUCAAUCUUGUGUGUUGAUGGAUCAGCAGCCUCAACAACACUCACCAGAAAACCUUUUAAUCAUGGAAGUUUAAAAGACAAUCAAGAGUCUAAUUAUCUAAAUACAAAUAGUUCUGUUUCAAGUAUAAGCGGUUUAUCUCUUACUAUGACAGAGCAUAAUGCCUUGUCUACUCAUAAUGUUCAUAAGAAUAAUUGCAAUUAUAAAACAAUCGGUGAAGUGAACAACAACAGAAAAAGAUUACGAUCAUUUUCACUUGAUCCAUCAAACAUUUUUGAUUUUCAAGGAUCUUUGUUGAAUUCACAUAAUGAGGAAGAUUUUUUUAAUAUUGGGGAUCAUUCAUAUAAUGAUGCUAUUAUUGGUCUUCAACAGGACGGUGAUUUAUUAAAUUUUUAUACUCAAGAAGAUAUUUUUGAAAAGUCUCAUUGUACUGAUAUGACAUAUGAGGAAAAUAGUAUAAAAGAUAAAAAAUAUACUUCUAGAGGAAGUCAAAAUACAUAUACAAAUGAAUUUGAUAUUGAAGAAAAAAAUGCCAAAGUUGAGGAAGACAAAAUUUUGGUUAAAGUUAGAUUUCCUUUUUAUUCAUUUGAAUUGUUACAAUCAGAUAUUGAUCGUAUAACUCAAAAUCGUCCUAUGAAUGAUUCUAUUGUUGAUUUCUUUCUCAAUCAUUUAGUAUUUCAUUUAUUAGAUGAGUCACCAUCACGUAUUCAUGUUUUUCCAUCAAUUUUUUGGAAAUUUAUGAAAGAAACACAGGAUGAUGAUGAUGAAAAAAGUUCUGAUUCUAUUUAUAAAGAUAUUAUUAAAUCAUCUAAUAGAGCUGUUAUGGUUCAACAGAUGGUAGCAUGUUUAGAAGGUGUUGAUCUAUUUAACUUUGAUUAUCUUCUUAUUCCUAUUUUUGAAUAUGGUUAUUGGUCUCUUGCUAUUGUCUGCCAACCAUAUCUUUUAACUUAUUGUCCUGUGGAUUCAUCAAAAUCUAAUGAUUCAGCUGCUGUUGUUUUCUUUGAUAGCGGUGUUAAUGAUGUUAUUAGACAUUUUAACAAUGCUGCCAUAAUAACAGAUUUUAUUAAAGCACAACACCGUAUAACUGCCGGAAGAUCACGUCAAGAUAAUAUUGACAAUGAGCUUGUUAAUAAUUUGUCACCAUUUGAUAAACCAAAAGGUUUAAAUUACUCAGUAGUAUUACCAUCACAAAUGCCACAGGAAAAAGAGACUACUGAUAGUGGGGUAUAUCUUCUUGAGUAUGCUGAAAGAUUUCUUAUUAAUACCCCAAAUACUCAAGAGAUUUUGAACAAAGGUUUUAAUUUUGCUCAUCAAUAUCCAGAUUUUUCCGUCAAACAUAAACGACGUGAGAUUAUGGAGGUUGUUCGACAAUUCUCUUCCCCGUAA